AACUACUCUGCACCCUGUUUUUCUGUAUAUCAAAUUCAAAACUGCCAUUCUCAUUCAUUUCAUCUCUCUCUUGUAGAAAAAGAAGAAUCAUAGAAGAUGAUACAGCUUCUCUACACCGUAAUCUUUGCCGAAAUGGCUCUGAUUUUGACGCUCUUAUUCAAAACCCCUUUGAGAAAGCUUGUGAUCUUGACUUUGGAUCGGGUCAAGCAAGGCAGGGGACCUGUUAUGGUUAAGACCGUUGGCGGGACUGUUUUCAUUGUGCUGUUGUCUAGUCUAUACAGUAUGUUUGAGAUCCAGAACCGUAGUAUCGAAGCUGCUCCUAAUCCCACCGACCAGGUUCUCAUGGCUAGACACAUGCUUGAAGCCUCUCUCAUGGGAUUCUUGCUAUUCCUGUCAUUGAUGAUAGAUAGAUUGCACCAUUACAUUAGGGAACUACGUUUACUGAGGAAGGCAAUGGAGGCUGCUAAGAAACAAAGCCGGGGAUUUGAGGAUGUGAAAAAUGGGAACUCAGAGUAGAUGAAAGCCCUGGAGAAGAGACUGGUAACCUGAAAGUAUAGUUAAACUUUUUACCUCCUUACAGCAAGUCUGAGGAUUGGAUAUUGUUGUCUGGUUUACUUAUUAGUGUGCUUCAGCUAUCUAAUGAGCUUUUGAAGUCUAUGUUGUGUUUUUGUAUGAGCUGUCUAUAAUUUUGUUUAGUAAAUCAAUUAGUGGGAUGGUUGGACUAAAUACUCAUUCCAAAUAAAAAUAAAAAUAGUCACACUUUCCAUAA